AUGACAUCUGCGACACAGUUACACAGGCUUCCGGGCUUCAAUGUUGCCAACCACCUCGAGAAGCGGAAGCUUCUCAUCGCCAUUAACAGCAUCGCCGGCCUAUCCAUCUUCUUCUUUGGCUACGACCAGGGCAUGAUGGGCGGCGUCAACAACGCGAAGCACUACAUAGACCUUAUGGGCUUCGGUUACGUGAAUCCAGAAACACAAGAGCCGGUGAUUACCGACAGUCUACUGCAGGGCGGCAUCGUCUCAGUCUACUACUUGGGUACGCUCUUUGGCUGCCUGCUCGGCGGAUGGGUCGGCGACAAGGUGGGCCGCAUCAAGACUAUCGCUUUCGGUUCUCUGUGGGCUAUCGUCGGAGCCAGCCUGCAGCUCUCGGCGCAGAAUGCGAACUGGAUGAUCUGCUCCCGGGCGGUCAACGGCAUCGGUACCGGCAUCCUCAACGCCAUUGUGCCCGUCUGGGCGACAGAGACGGCUGAGCACACAUCCCGCGGACAAUUCAUCGCCAUUGAGUUCACACUCAAUAUCUUCGGAGUCGUCGUGGCCUAUUGGCUCGAGUUCGGCUUGUCUUUCAUCGACGGCGGCUCCUCGGCCUUCCGCUGGAGAUUUCCCAUCGCCUUCCAAAUCAUUCCGCUGCUCAUGCUGCUAGCGGCCGUGUGGUUCUUUCCUGAGUCGCCUCGGUGGCUAGCCAAGGUCGACCGCGACGACGAAGCCCUCUUCGUCCUACAGCGGCUGCGAGGCACGGAUGCCACGGGGCUAGCGCGUGCGCAGGCCGAGUACCACGACAUCCGUAACGUGGUGGCUCUGGAGCGCGAAGAGGCCAACAUGAACUCGUACUGGCGCAUGUUCACUGGUGUCGGGUCUGGAGAUCUGCACGUUGGCCGGCGCGUGCAGCUCGUCAUCUGGCUUCAGAUCGUCCAGGAGUGGGUGGGCAUUGCCGGCGUCACUGUCUAUGCCCCGACCAUCUUCCGUAUUGCCGGCUUUAGCACCGAGAAGUCGCAGUGGAUCAGCGGCCUCAACAACGUCUUUUACAUGUUCGCCACACUGGUCUGCGUCUUCACCCUCGACCGCAUCGGCCGCCGCUGGACCCUCUACUGGGGCGCCGUCGGCCAGGGCGUCGCCAUGUUCCUCGCCGGUGCCUUCUCUCGCCUGGGCCAGGAUGCACGCAAUGCCGGCGACAUGUCCAAAGCCAGCUCCUACGGCGCCGCCGCCGCCUCCUUCGUCUUCAUCUUCACUUCCGUCUUCGGCGCCACUUGGCUAACUGUCCCCUGGCUCUACCCGGCCGAAAUUUUCCCGCUGCAGAUCCGCGCCCGCGGCAACGCCCUUGGCGUCUUUGGCUGGUCCAUCGGUAACGGCUGGCUGACUCUGCUGUGCCCCGUCAUGUUCAACGCCAUUGGCGAGAAGACGCUCUACAUCUUUGGCGCUUGCAAUAUCCUGGCCAUCCCCGUCGUCUGGGCACUCUACCCGGAGACCAACCAGCGCACCUUGGAGGAGAUUGACUUGCUUUUCUCAGCUCCAACCCCCUGGACCUGGGAUGCCGAGGCCACCUUUGCGCGGAUGAAACAGGAGAGAUCCGACCUGAUCGACGCCGCCCGCCACGCACAGGGGGUUGACAUCGUCAAGGAUGAAGCUGGCUUAAAUAAUGAGAAUGUCGAGGGGGCAAAGUCGUCUUCGGAUGUGUAG